AUGGCUGCCAGGCAGAAACAAUUAGCUAGGACGUCGUUGGACAGCCUCUACGCGACACGGCACGCAAGACGGGACCUCCGAACGCGGGUAGAGGAUCACAGGGCAUGUCGGAGCGCUGCAUCGUCAUCUCCACAACCAUCCCCUAUUCUCUCGUAUCCCGAUUCUAUCUUCGUCGCGCCCAUCUCCCGUAAUCAAUGCAUGGUUACUGGCAGGUGA